CUAUUUUACCCCCCCUUGCUCUUUGGUCGGUCGUCUUUCGGCGGACCAUCUUUUUCUUCUCUUCCGGCAUCCAGCUCGGACGUGGAAGGACCGCGCGCUCGCUUGCUCUUGAGAUAUGGUGCUGAAGGCUGUGUGCGUUUUGAAGGGCGAUGGCCCCGUGCAGGGCACUAUUUUCUUCGAGCAGAAGCAGGUUGGGGAACCUGUGGAACUGUCUGGAAGCAUUAAAGGAUUAGCUGAAGGAAAUCAUGGAUUCCAUGUCCAUGAAUUUGGUGAUAACACUCAAGGAUGUACCAGUGCAGGUGCUCAUUUUAAUCCUCAUUCCAAAAAACAUGGUGGACCAAAUGAUGAUGAAAGGCAUGUUGGAGACCUUGGCAACGUGAUUGCUAACAAAGAUGGUGUGGCAACAGUGUCUAUCAAAGAUUCUUUAAUUCAGCUUUCAGGACCAAUGUCUAUCAUUGGCCGUACUAUGGUGGUCCAUGAGAAAGCUGAUGACUUGGGCAAAGGGGGAAAUGAAGAGAGUGGAAAAACUGGAAAUGCUGGACCUCGCCUAGCUUGUGGCGUGAUUGGGAUUGCUAAGUAAAUCAUUUUCCUAGGAUGUAACUUACCUAGGAGUACAGAGAUGUGGAUGAUUAAAUGUAUAAAUGUACUUGGCAAGACCAUUAAAUACUAAUCUUAAGUCAAA